AUGGCUGAGCAACAGGCCGGGUCCGGUGGCAUUGACCCCGAGCAGCACAACAGCACGGCGACAACUGCCAUCACGCGUACCCAACCACUGGCGGUCAAAAAGCUUCAGGCCGCCAGCGACGCUCUCAAGGAGCUCAUCAAGUCUCUCCUCCGACCCGUGUCCGAGCUGGAUGUUGUGUUCCCCAGCCUCGAAGCCGAAGAAAUGGCUUCCAACCACCGUCGCCGCUUGGCCGAGUGGCUCAUCAUGUUCCACCAGAAACAUGGUCACUUGGCCUCGCGUUUCAUGGCAAUUUCCGACGCAAUUCAAAAUGAUGGCCAGAGCACACAUGCCCUUCACACUGCGGCAUCUACCAACACCGCCACCACCAGCAGCGACAAUACCAGCGCCAAUGCCACUGAAAAUGCUGCCGGGACCUCCUCCAGCGUCACGCAGACUGGUCGUUUUCAGUUUUCUCUGCUGCCUCCCGAGGUCCAGGUGAUGAUCUUCAGCUAUGCUGCCGAGCCGCCAAAGUGCAAGCAUUUCUUCUACGCGGUGACGUAUCAACAUCGCAUGCUCCUCGACACGCUUCAACCCACGAACACUGCUCGCAUUCCGCGCACGGCGCUUUUUGAGAACCACCCUGCCAUUGAGCUCAUGCCCGACCGCGCCUUCUGGAUGCUCUGCACGGCCAGCCGGUUCGCGAUGCAGCGCGAGUACAGCCGCUGGCGGGACGAGAUGGAAGUGCGUCCCUACUGCAUGAACACCGACCGCAGCGACUUUCAUCUGACCUGGGACGGCGAGUCGGACGCCACCACCGACUUGGAAGGUGGCAGGCGCGCACGCCGGGACCCCGAGAGCCGGCCUUUUGUCUACCGUUCCAGCAUGGACUGGGUGCACAAUGUCAAUUUCGUGCAGUGGACCAACGCCGACGGCCUUCUCUUUGACCAUACGGAGCAGUCGAUGGACAGCUCGGAUGACGCCACGGACAGCGACACGGAUGACGACGCAGGCGGCAACGCAGGCAACGGGGCCAACAACAACAUGGCGGGCACGGUGGCCAACAACAUGCGCCCCCGCAACAUUUUCACGCUGAACGGCAAUGACGAGGCGGCGAACCGCGAUGCGCUGCACAACCAUGUUUUCGAGGACCGUGGCACCGUCGACGGCUGGGAGGCCGGUGAGCGCCUGACCUUUAUGAUGAGCGCAUCCAACCAGCGCCGCGCGACCCUUGCUCAAACAAUGGAGGGCAAGGGGAAGGGGAAGGGCAAGGCCGUGGACGAUGAGGGCAAAGACGACGAAAAUGACGCAGACGUCGAGGACAACAGCGACAGCGAUCGCGACAACGACAGCAGCAGCGACGACGACGACAAUGAGGACGCAGACGCGCACAUUGCCUAG